GAGGCGGAUCAUCACACUCGCUCCUCCCCACAGGUCGGCCCCGGGUCUUUGGCCGACUUCUGUGAGCCAAGGGCCGGCGAGAGGAGCCGCGGAUCAGCGCCUGACCAGAUCCGCUGUUUGUUUCCUCUCUGAAGAAAGGAACCUGAAGAAGACGAGGAGGAGAUGAAGAACAAAGUUAGCAGCACUCAAGUCAGCGUGAAAAGGCGCUCCUGGUCCUGGCAGCAGUACCUGAAUGAGCAGAAGGCAGACGCGGCUCCGCCCACUCUUUUCACACAG